CUCCGCACAGUCAACAGGAGGCUCGGAGAGACACCUGGAUAAAGAGCCACGGACUGAACCGCGGCGUUCACCCGCCACAGAAUCCAGGUCGUGACUUCAUUUGGGCUGGUGGAGUUGGUCCAUUCAGGUGCUGGUUGUACCUGGUCAACCUGGUGCGAACGAAACGAUGGAGAAGCAGAGCUGAGACGGGUUCAAUUAGAGAUUCUAGGAGGGCUUUCUCUUAAGACUUUUUUUUUUUUUUUUUUUUCGGACAAAAUGAGGAGUACAAGUGGUUUGGAAGCGGCGCGAGGUUGCCGCCACAUUGAGGAGCUCUAAGUGCACUUUGCAGGGGUGCGUUGUUAAUUGAAUCGAUCCCACGGUUUUCCCCUCCUCCCUCCCCCUCCCAAUUUGCGCACCUUCAUCAUGACUUCACUAUCGGGGUCCAAGGAGAGAUCCGUGACCGGCCGGGGCAGAAAGUACACGAUGCCCGACACUUCCCCCACCAAAUCAGCCUCCUUUUUCCCGGACACGUGGUACCGAAAGGCUUACGAGGAAACCACCCGGUCAAGCUCCCGUCCCGCACCCGAGGGCGCUGGCUCUAUGCCCAGCUCUACGGGCACCCCUUCUCCUGGCUCGGGGAUCUCCUCCCCAGGAUCCCUCUCUGGAUCGCCAGGGACCAUCUCCCCGGGGAUUUGCACUGGAUCUCCGGGUUCUCUUGGUGGCUCUCCGGGGUUUGGGACGGGUUCCCCGGCCUCGGGCAGUGGAAGUUCUCCUGGGAGUGAAAGAGGGAUUUGGUGUGAGAACUGCAACACAAGGCUGACGGAGCUGAAAAGACAAGCGUUAAAACUCCUCAUCCCGGGACCUUACUCCAGCAAGGACCCGUCCUUCACCCUCCUCCUCCAUGAUAAGCUGCAAGUCCCCAACAGUUCCCGACGGGCAUGGAACGAGCACGACAGUCGCUGUGACGUGUGUGCCACUCACCUCACGCAGCUCAAACAGGAAGCCGUGCGCAUGGUGCUCACCCUGGACCAGUGGGAUUUGUCUCCCUCCUCGUCCCCUCCUCCCCUCUUUGGGUGCUACGCAUCCCAGGGAGCUCUAGGAGCAUCCGGAUCGAGGGAAUGGCCCUCCUUGUUUGUCCCUUCCUCUUCCCCGUCAUCUGCAGCUGCCGUUUCGCACGUCACUCGCCCUUCAUCGCCGUCACCUUCCCCAAGUCCCAGCCAGACCCCGACACCGAGCCCCAGCCACGGACCGUCCGCCCCUGCUCACGGGAGUCCUUCUGCUGGACAAAUAACCUCCGGUGUCCCCUUGAACCAACAAGUGCAUAGACUGGGCUCCAAACCCAGCUCACUGGGGCUUGGAAGUGGGAUGGAAAGACGCAACGGGUCCCCCUGUUCUGGAAAAUCAGCCGUGGCCCACCAGCAAACUGUGAGUGCAGUAAACAGUCCAGGGAAUAGCAGUACAAACAGCAGUAACAACACAGCAGGUCAUCAGCACAUGAACAGAACUAAUGGAGGAGUUACGCUCUAUCCGUACCAGAUCUCCCAGAUAGUGUCGGAGUCGUCCAGAGAAGGUUUGACCGAGGCUGCCCUGAACCGCUACAACACACACUCACCUUCGCACACCAACUCAACACCACACACAAACUCACCAUCACACACUGCGGCGACCACCAGCACGUCACAGAGCGCCGGCUCGUCUGCAGCCUCCUUCUUUGCCAGAGCUGCACAAAAACUGAAUCUAGCAUCCAAGAAGAAGAAGCUGAAAACCGCCACGACGGUGCAGCUGCCUGUGACAUCAUCUUCACCGACGUGCGACAGCCAAUUGUUCCCCACCAAUUUCAGCUCCGCCCUGUUAGCAGCCCCGCCCCCGGCUCCACCCUGCCUUCUCCGUGCGGCCAAUAAGAUCAAAGACACACCAGGUCUAGGAAAGGUAAAAGUGAUGGUGCGUGUGUGUCCGGCAUCUCAGUCGGACGCGGCAGAGUCUAGUUCUUUCCUCAAAGUGGACCCCAGAAAGAAACAGAUCACCAUCAUGGACCCGUCGGUCAAUCAGACGCCAAGUGCUGCCUCCCAGAAGAGAGCGAUGGGCAGCCAGGUCCCUCCAAAGAUGUUUGCCUUCGACGCUGCCUUCCCUUCCGAUGCGUCGCAGGCGGAAGUGUGCGCGGGAACAGUUGCCGAGGUGAUUCACUCGGUGGUGAAUGGAGCAGAUGGAUGUGUCUUCUGCUUUGGACACUCCAAGCUGGGCAAAUCCUACACCAUGAUUGGCCGCCAUGACUCCCUACAGAUGCUGGGUAUCAUCCCCUGUGCUAUCUCCUGGCUCUUUAAGCUCAUCAACGAGAGGAGGGAGAAAACAGGGGCGCGCUUCUCUGUCCGCGUGUCCGCAGUUGAGGUGUGGGGCAAAGAGGAGAACCUGAAGGACUUACUCUCUGAGGUGGCAACUGGCAGCUUGCAGGAUGGACAGUCACCUGGAGUCUACCUGUGCGAGGACCCCAUCUGUGGCAUGCAGCUCCAGAACCAGUCCGAACUGCGCGCUCCGACGCCAGAGAAGGCAGCCUGGUUCUUGGACGCGGCCAUUGCGGCUCGCCACAGCAACCAGCGUCCCGACACCACCGAAGAAGACCACAGGAACUCCCACAUGCUGUUUACGUUGCACAUUUACCAGUACCGCAUGGAGAAGACAGGCAAAGGAGGAAUGUCGGGAGGUCGCAGUCGCCUCCAUCUGCUGGACCUCGGCAGCUGUGAUGUCGGCGUCCUCGGAGGCGGAAUGGUCGGGAAGGCCAGGGAGAACUCUUCGCCCAGCUCGGCCCCUCUGUGCCUUUCCCUGUCAGCGCUCGGCAACGUGAUCCUGGCCUUGGUCAACGGGAGCAAACACAUCCCGUACAAGGACAGCAAGCUGACCAUGUUGCUGAGGGAGUCGCUCGGCAACAUGAACUGCCGCACCACCAUGAUCGCUCACAUCUCGACCUCCCCCGGGGAUUUUUCGGAAAGCCUCUCCACCGUCCAGAUCGCAUCUCGUGUCCUCCGCAUGAAGAAGAAAAAAACUAAGGUCACCGUGCAGUACACCUCCAGCUCCUCUGGAGGAGAGAGCUCCUGCGAGGAGGGUCGCAUGCGACGGCCCACUCAUCUGCGGUCUUUCCAUCACCGCGACUCCAACUCAGACUCACUGCUGCGCCUGUCCAGCGACCAGGACGAGCAGUAUUCAAGCAGCGAGCAGUCCUGUGACACGGUCAUUUACGUGGGUCCCAAUGGGGCCGCUGUAUCAGAUCGAGAGCUGACAGACAAUGAGGGUCCGCCGGAGUUUGUGCCGAUUAUUCCCACCCUGCUGCGAGCGAAAACAUCAGAGACGCAACAAAGUCAGGCGAUCCAGAAGCAGGUGCAGCCCGAGCCCGAGAGCCAGGACCAGCAAGGGGGUCUAUCUCAGGCCCAGCCCGCUCAAUCCGUACUUGGACAACCAUUGGCCCCCGUGCCUGAGGAGGGAGCCGAGUGCCUAAAAUGUAACACUUUUGCUGAGCUGCAGGAGAGACUGGACUGCAUUGAUGGCAGUGAGGAGGUGCCAAAGUUUCCCUUUGAGGAGGUUCUGAUCUGUAAACAAGGAUCCAAAGAUCCAUGUUUUCUUUCUGCCGAUUCAGUCGCACCUGCUGAGACGGCCUCUGCUGCUCCAUUGGAUACAGAGGUCAAAACAGGAGGUGCAGUCCAGAUCUCCUACUCCUUAACGGAACCUUCUAAGAGGAAGACAAAUGACGAGCAGCUGCAGGAUAUCAAGGAGGUGGUGGAGGAGGCGGAGCUGGCUCAGACCAUGAUCCACAGUCUGGCUCAGAGUUCUGGGUCUGCCCUCAUGUCUGGGUGCAGGAAUGUCACAGGAAGCAAUGCCUCGAACCUUCUUCACAGGGCCAAGGCCUCGCACCAGCAUGACGGUCGUGAGAGUCUGUCCAUGGGAGUUAACACUGAGGCGAAGACACGACCACUCGGAUCACCACGCCUUGGCAUCGCCAGCCUGACGAAAACUUCAGACUACAGGCCUCCAUCCUCGCCGUCUCAGCGGUGUAAAGUGUACACUCAGAAGGGAGUGAUACCAGCAACAUCCCCACUGUCUUCACACACUUUAUCUCAGGAUGGACAAGCAACUGAAGCUUUGACCUCUGACAACAGUCUGGCUGCAGACAGUGGCCGCUCUUCAACUGAGUGCCCGCUAUCCAGAACAUCUCCUCUUGGCAUGAGUCCACAAGUCAAAGACCCAAGGCCAUCUCUGUCUGCCAGCCUGGGCUCAGCAGAAACCCUCUGUGACGAUGACGUACCACAGAUACCCUUGGAUACACACAGGGAUGGACUAGCUGGACAUCACUUGCUGUGUGAGGCUCUAUUAGUACACAUGGGGGCUUUCGGAGAAGAGAAGGUGCUCGAUGACGCAGCCCUCAUAAUGACACAGAAUCAAACCUGCCGCCCGCCGAGCAUCAUCAGCUUCAAUAGCGACUGCUGCUCUGUGGACGCCCAGCCCGGCGGAGCCCUCACAAGCCCCGUUGAGGAUGGCGAUGCAGAGAGCUAUCAUGUGAUUGCAACAAGCUCUGGAGUUACAGAGGUUGUUGCCAAGGCAGAGGUGGCAAUGGCUAAACUGCGCAUGGACGGGGAUACAGUAGCCUCAGUGAUGUCCCCUCUCCCCUCCUGGAUGAGUGAUCUGAGUGGGUGCAGUGAGGGUGAUUACUCGCUCCACAGCUUCAGCCAGUCCCAAAGUCAGCAAGGGGAAGCCCUGUCUGAACCCAACCAAAUUUCCUUUGGACUGGAUGGGUCAGGAGAUAAUGGAAGCAGUGGAUAUUUUAGAAGAGGAGGUUUGGAGGGAGAGCUGUCAGAGAACAGAUGGGAGAAGGGAACACCAACCAAGGAACGGUUGAGAAAACUGCCACCAUCUAUGGCUAAAACGACCAUCCAGUCCUUGACAACACUUGGGAACCUCUCCACCUUCAAGACGCCAAUCAGUGCUCACUCAUGUGUAGCUAUCAAACAGAUGGCCAUGCAGGAACCUGCGAUCUGCUCCUCACCGACAAAUUUCAACCUACAACAGUUAGCUUCCAUUUCCAGUGAGAUGAGCUUUGAGGACCCCUGGCUGAUGCGUGGUAUGGAGGAUGGGAGGCCCAAAGAAGAGGUCAGGCCAGUGAAGAGGGAGACGGAGCAUUCAAAGAGCGAAUCGGGCCAGAAGAUUGAAGCAGCUGGCAAUGAGAACCUUGAGAAUUUCUGCAGGGAUGUUGAAGAUCAUGGUGGCUCUAGUGGAGGCGCAGAGGUGGUGUCAUCUCCAGACUCUCUAAAGAGAGUGGUGGAUGGCUGUGAGAUGGUCAAUGCUGUUGGCCAAGCAGAGUGCUACAACCCAGAAAUCCAUCGAACUGCCAGUCUCCCUCGUGCCUGGCACCGCCUGAACCGCCAGGACGGCUUAGAAAACACAAUGGAGUAUAAGUAUGUUGGUGCCACCUCUUCAACUCCCUGCAGUCCCCGUGCCACCCUUGACCGCAGGGGAUCAACUGGAAAACAAGGCUUUUUCGCCAACAAGAAGGGAGGGAUCCCCCCUUUACCACCUGUACGCAAGUCCAGCCUUGACCUGCGGAACAGGGCAGCCAGUCCACUACACCAGCCCAUUCAUGAGGUCUCAAUUGUGGGCAGCUCUUCAGAUGAUGCAUGUGGUACCAGACAACAUGACUCCAGUAUAGACAGUAGCAGACUCUUUAGUGCUAAGCUGGAGCAACUUGCAAGCAGAACUAACUCUUUAGGGCGAGCCCACAGUGGCUCGCACCACUAUGACUGCUUCUCUCUGGAAAGGGCUGAGAGCCUCAGAGGGGGAGGAUCGAAGGGAGACGGCACCAUGCCUCGUACCGGCCGCAGCCUCACUCGUGCCGGAAAUGGCUUCGGAGGCAGUCCUGGUCCGAGCAGCGCCCCACAGUCGCCUGCCAAAUCAAGCGGCCAGUCAAAGAUCUCAGCUGUCAGUAAGCUGCUGAUGACCAGCAGUCCCAAAGCCAGGAGUCUGUCUGCCUCCAGCACCAAGACUCUCAGCUUUUCGACCAAGUCUCUGAGCCAAGCCUCCAGUAGAAGCUCAAGCCUUCCCCCUAAUGGAAAGCCACAGGCCGCCAUUCAGGGCCCUGUGCAGCAGCAGGGACCCUCUCCUGCAUCCUGGUCUACGCAAUCUCUGAGCCGCAGUCGAGAGGGAAGUUUGGCUGCCAAGCUACCCCUGCGGGCAGUCAAUGGCCGCAUCUCAGAGCUUCUCCAAGGUAGUGCCGGAUCACGUUCCAGGAAUCAUGCCCAGGGAGGAGCUGUGAAUCCAGCAGAGGAGAAAGGGGCCGAAGGGGCAAGCGGAGGGGCACCGGUUGCAGGUGUUGCUGGAGGUGGCCCAGGGGAGGAAAGAGCAACAGCGGUCCAAACCCUUCCCUCUCCUUACAGCAAGAUCACUGCUCCGCGAAAACCACAUCGCUGCAGCAGUGGCCACGCCAGCGACAACAGCAGCGUACUGAGUGGUGAGCUUCCCCCGGCCAUGGGGAAGACGGCCUUGUUCUAUCACAGUGGAGGCAGCAGCGGCUACGAGAGCAUGCUGAGAGACAGCAGCGAGAACACAGGAAGUACGUCCUCUGCUCAAGAUUCACUCAGUGAGCACAGCUCGGCCACCACCUCCUCCAGACGCAGCUCCAAGAGCAACAAGAAGAGCAGGAGCAACGUUGGACACUUAGGAGGUCUCCAGCGUCGUCGGCUGAUUCCCGCACUGACCUUGGACUCAUCCACGUCUCCUCACCGCUCUGCCAAACAGGCUGUCACGUCCUCUUCUUCCUCCUCCUCCAGCCCAGGUGCAUGCUGGGUGGACGGACCUCUGGGGCCGCCCGCCGCCGGAACCCUGCGAGGUCCGUCGGCCACAGCGGAGGCCUUUGAGAUCAAAGUGUACGAGAUUGAUGACGUCGAGCGCAUGCAGAAGAGGAGGGACAAAGGCGGUAACAAGGGGAUGUUGUACGUCAGCGGCAAACUUCGCCUGCUGGAGCACCGUCAGCAGCGGAUCAGCGAGGUCCGAGCCAAAUAUCAGUGUUUGAAGAAAGAGCUGGAACAGACCAAACAGCACCUGAUGCUGGAGCCUCUCACAUGGACCACAGAGUUUGAGCUGCAGCAGGUCUACGAGGUGGAUUCACUGGAGUAUUUGGAAGCUCUGGAGACGGUGACAGACAAACUGGAGAACAGAGUGAACUUCUGCAAAGCUCACCUCAUGAUGAUCACCUGCUUCGACGUGUUGUCCAGACAUCGGUAGACGCACGGCGAGGCGGCGGACCGCUUCCUCUGACAAUAUCGACACCGCUCCCAAAUAAAGGCAUCUCGUCUGGGAUAUUUUAACGAGUCCUCGUGACGGACUGACCCGAUAGUCCUCACGUCUUCUCCACUUAUAAGUAAACGGAAGGGCAGGUGAUGGAUGAAUCAAUUAGAGGUGCACUGAGAUAGCUAAGUGGCCAUUGGGGAGAGCCUGCCUGUCAUAUGGAAGGGCAGAAGGGCUGAACAAGCCGUUCACGAGGAAGCGUUCAAACAACUUACUCGUCCCACUGAAACCAUACUGCAGUCUUUUUUUUUUUUUUUUUUAAUAGUACCUUAUAUACAGCUUCAUAAGAAGUACAAAACAAGAAGUUGGGGCUCACAUCAUUCCCUGUUGUGAAGUUUAAGAGAGAAAGUCAGAGUCAGAAGGACAAUUAUACGUGACGGGAAAAAGUGCCUUGUUAAAAUUUCAACAAUACCAAGAAGAAUUUGACUUUGUCAACAUAGCACGGUGCUAGGACAGUAAAACAUACAAAUGAUGAGUGUCUUUGAGGGAUUCAUUGUCAUCUCGAAACAUGAUGUGCAACUGUGGGUCAUUGUUUCCUUAUGUGGUGAAACAUCCUUAUGCGCAGGGUUCAAGCUAGCUGAGCUCUCGCACAUUACAUUCAUCCAACUGUGGACGUCUAAUAUUCUCAAAGAAUCCAUUUUCUACGGCGCUUAUCCUCAUUAUGAUCAUGACUGAGCUGGAGCCUAUCCCAGCUGACUUUGGGCGAGAGGACCGAUCGUCACCAUCGCGGGGUUUUGCAAUGUGGGAUGAAGCCGGAGUAGGCUGCAACCUCGAGGAGAGCAUGAUGAGAUUUGAACCCAGGACCUCAGAACUGAUGGGCAGAAGUGCUAACCACUAGCACUAGUCCUGCAUUUUCCCAUGUGAAAUUUAUUUUUCAUAAGGAGUGCGCAAUUUUCACUUGUGGAUGACAGCACUGGCAGCAUGCUGUUACCAAUUACACUUGCAUUCGAUAAGUAAGCAGAUCUGUGCCCCACCACACAGCUUACAGUGUAAAACAAAAAGUAGCACAUUGGUGCCUUGAGAUACAAGUUUAGUUCAUUCCAUGACCACGUUCGUAACUCAAAACUCUCUUUCCCCAAUGAAAUGAGUGGAAAUGCCAUUAACCAGUUCCAGGUAACCCUAUAAAAAAAAAAAAAAAAAAAAAAAAAAAAAAAAAGAAAAAAGUGUAAUGUGUUCUCUAAAUAAGGAAAAUAGCACACUAUAAUGUAUAUAACAAUGAAAUCGAAUGUAACGGAAUAAACAGUUUGCGAAUCAUGAUUAAAUAAGUCACUGUGGCCUCCUGGCCUCCACAAUCCCUGUUGUGUGUGACAAACAAAAAAGAGUUUUGACUUAACUACUGGAAGUGACUCAGUAAUCUGCAGUAGUAUUAGUCGUUUUUCGCAGACGAUAAAGAGUAUAUGCCUGUGAGUAUGGUUAUAUUGCCUGUCUACUUGUGUUGCUACACAAUUUAUAUUAAAACAUUCGCCUCUCAAAGGGUUAUACGCCACAACUACUUUAUCUGUGCUAGUGUUUAGCCCGUCUAUGGCGUUUUCUAUUAAGUGUUAGAAUUAGGCUAGCGGGGGCCUUCCUCAGGCAAAGUUGUUUGGUCGUUUCAAAUACAUGACAUGUAAUUCUCUUUGUUUUGUUUAGUUUGACAGUAAACUUUCACUGGGAGUGACAUUAAACACCUUACUGCCAGACUGCUGCUUGUUGUGUUAGUCAAAGUGAAAAAUAGGACGAUCGAUGGCUCACACCUCAAAAUAAAUACUCAAUAGUCCGGUCACUCUUAUCUCAAGGCAUCAUUGUGCUAUGUAUAUUAGUUAUCACACCGCCAAAAAAAAACAGCAAGGGCCUACAAACCUGACAGACUGAUUUUGUGGUUUAUUUAGAGCCAUCCCGUCAGGCUCAACUAACAACUCGAACCCUGCUUAUACAGGAUGGUUGCAUGUUCCGGACAUUGGUGAAGAGACUUACAUUUUGUGAUUUAAGAAAAGAAAAAAAGCUGAAAGAAUAAACGUAAUCAGGUCAUUUAUAAUACUUCAAAAGGGACCAAAAAUGCAAUGGAAUUUAAGUCAGCACACAGUGAUUAAACAGGUAAAAAAAUAAAAAUACAAAUUGAGGUGCUGUUUUAAGCUUGACUUUGUACUCUCAAACUUUCCUAUGCUGCUCACUGAUGUCGUAUGGAUGUGAUGAUUUUUCCGUGUUCACAAAGCAGUGAGACAUGCAGGAAUGUUUCUUUCUGCCUGGCGCAUCCAUCGGUCGACACUUGUCUGUUAUUUGUAUCUGUGUUGUUCAGCUCUACUUGUAAAGAAACUCAAUGACUUGUUAAUGUGUGUGUUUUAUAAUAAUUGAAGGCAAUGGGACCAUGUAGACAGCUAUAUUCGGCAUUACUGAGGAGACAUUAAACAACGUCACAGUUAGCUCUCACGUCUGUGGCUCAAUUAAGAUGAUGAUUUUCCUGGCAUUAUUUGUUGGAUCUGUAACACAUCAGCUAAUGAAGCCUGCCCACAGAUGUCAUUUUCACAAUUGGAGAACGCCUCAGAGGCAGUACAUUGGAUGAAGCCUAUUUCAUGGCUUAGUAGUUAGUCAUUACUAUUAGUAUCAAUUAGUCAUGGAAAAUAGAGUAGUAGUAUUAGUAUUGCAUUUCUAUAAUGUGAUUAUCACUGGCUGACAAAAGUUGCAAGUUUAGUCUCGAAAUUAUAAUAAGAAGGAAUUAAAGCCAGGAAAAGCCAUUGGGUUCAGCAGUCUAGUUAUGGCUGUCAAUGCAAAUAAAUAUUCUGAUUGAGGGGGGCGGGGGGAUAAAAUAUAUAUAUGACAAUGAAGAGGACUAACGUUAGGGGGAAAAGAUUAAAUUAGAGGCAGUGAUCUCUGCUGGGUUCCAUGUCUUUUACAUGAUUUUAUAGCUUUCUCUAUGGUGCUUGAAAUGUUUAUGCUCUAAAUGUUUGUACAAAUAUAAAUAUAUGAAAUGAAAGAGUCAGUUUGUGUCAGAAGUAACCUUUAAAAAAAAAUCUUUAACAUCAUUAUUGCAGCUUCGAUAGUUAACUACCCUCCCUCCUUCUCCUGAGCGAUUUGUUUCUCAGUGUUCAAUGUAUGCCAAAUUGGAGGAGAUAACGUUACAGUAGCGGUAAAUAUACUGGGUGAGGUUUGGACCUUUUCAUGAGUUGACUGCUGACUGAGUCAAAAGUCAUUUAUCUGCACAUGCCAAGGGAGACGGGAGGUCAUCUCCUGGGAGCACAGCGGAAAAACUAAAGUAUGUUUGAUAAACUGGCCUCAUGAUGUGUUUAUACAGAAGGUGUAACAUGGGAACGUUUGCUAUUUUCUCUCUCAUCGUGAAUCAAUGUCUAUUUAUUUCACCUCUUAAUGUGUAUUUAUUUAAGCCUUAUGAUGUUUAAAGGUUACGAUGCAUUUAAGAUAAAAAAGGAUAACUGUAUAUACUUUACCAAACAUGUUGAAUACACGAAAUAUACUGAUGAGCCCCAUAAUGAUUCCUACACUGGCCAUACUUGUUAAAAAGAAUACUUUUAGCUGGAACUGAAACAUAAAACAGCCAACCGAUGUAAGAAGUAUUUUUAAAAUGCUAUUCCCAUUAAUGUAUCUAUUAAAUAGCAUUAAAAGCAUUUUGGCAAUUUUUUCCAUUUUCAAAAUAAGUUCGAUAUGGCUGAAGUCACCAGGAUGCUUUAGAAUGGUGCAAAUCUUUAAAACCACCACCACCACUAGCAAUAGAAAGGCAGAAUGUCAUCUCAUUUGCCACUUUUUUAUGCCAAUUCCAGACAGAGGAUACCAAUUAAACACAUUUUAAAAAAUCUCAAAAUGCGUCCAGGGUAUGCAUUAUUUGGUGUUCAACUGUAUAUACUUUACACAUAUCAUUUAUAUAAUCACCUAUAAUUCCUUUUGGCCAUAUUGAGGGUUGAAGACUAAAAUGCUUCAAAUAAGUUUAAUACAUGUAACUGUACUAACCACAUCCUAGUGUGCUAAGAUGCCCACGUUUUGAAGAUGGUUAAUGGCCAACUCUCUGUCUGAUGUUAGUGGAUGUCAGCUUUCAGAACUAUUGGUUUAUAGGUUAUGAUACUAUUACAUAUCAAAAAACAAGUUAACCUACAUCUCGGAUUAUUUGCACAAGUCUGUUUUCUUUGUUGUGCUUUUUUUUUGUUUUUCCCCCCCCCAGUCAUAAGUGCCAAUCCGUGGAAGAAGUGAGUCAACACUUUCAUAACGAGUCGAGCUCAGCGUGAACAAUUCUGAAGUACGUCAAGUGUGAUAUUCUCCGUGCAUGAUUUGAGACUGGAACUGUCUUUUGACACAGUAUGUUGGUAGUUGAACAACGUGGUCGAAUGUAAAUAAAGGAAUGUAUUCAAUGAAUUUGA